GCGUACCGGCGACGUUACGCGGCUCAUCUCCACAAGUUAAUCUUAUCGGCUCAUCUUAAAACUCUCCGUCUCCCGCCAUGAAAAAACCCUAAUUUUUUUCCCACCCAAAACUCUAUCUCCCCUUUUAUCCGAUCUCGAAUUCAGCCACAUCCUCAGCUGGUAAAUGAAGUCAAAUCCUAGCUUGUGAAGAAUCUCUCUUUCCUGGCACCGCAAGGGUCCUGUUUUUCCCCCUUCAUGUUCUUCUAACUAUUUCCCCCUAAUUUAUGUUUAGCUUCCUUGGGUACUUCAGUCCAUUAAAUGAUGGCAUCCAGUAUGUCCACAUGCCGUUAUCGUUGGGAUGGAAACCCAGUGUCACACCGGCAAUUAUUGCCUAGAAGCAGUAUAAGACUAUACCAGAUUUCAGGACAUAGUCUGUGGAGAGAAGCCCAGAUCUACUGUUGUCUGUCAGGGCAACAAAGGUUGCAGCAUAUAUGCGGCAGGAGAAAUCUUGCCGUGUGUGCAUCUAGAAGGUCCUUCAUGAACAUAAUCAGUGCAGAGGUGGAGGAAGUGGACCUUUCUCUAGGACCUCUAUGGAACAUGAUGAAGCGAUGGCGGCAAGCACAUGUUAUUGCCAUGGUUGGGGUACUAUCAUAUGCCUUAUUAUCUAUUCCAUCGGCUGGUGCAGUUGACGCACUUAAAACAUGCACUUGUUUAUUGAAGGAAUGCAGGGUGGAACUUGCCAAGUGCAUUGCCAACCCUUCUUGUGCAGCAAAUGUUGCAUGUCUACAAACAUGUAAUGACCGACCUGAUGAAACUGAAUGUCAGAUUAAAUGCGGGGACUUGUUUGAGAAUAAAGUUGUAGAUGAAUUCAAUGAGUGUGCAGUCUCACGCAAAAAAUGUGUACCCAAAAAGUCUGAUGUUGGCGAGUUUCCUGUACCAGACCCAUUGAACCUCGUCAAAAGCUUUAACAUGUCAGAUUUCAGUGGGAAGUGGUACAUAACAAGUGGCCUUAAUCCCACAUUUGAUACAUUCGACUGUCAGCUGCAUGAAUUUCAUGUGGAGUCAAACAAACUUGUUGGUAAUUUGACAUGGCGGAUACGGACUCCUGAUGGUGGUUUCUUCACCCGAUCAGCUGUACAAAAUUUUGUUCAAGAUCCUAAUCAACCAGGAAUACUCUACAACCAUGACAAUGAGUACCUGCAUUACCAAGAUGACUGGUAUAUCAUAUCAUCCAGCAUUGAGAACAAACCUGAAGACUACAUCUUUGUAUACUAUCGAGGUCGAAAUGAUGCAUGGGAUGGCUACGGAGGUGCAGUCAUAUACACUAGAAGCUCAACAUUGCCGGAGACCAUAAUCCCCAAACUAGAGAAGGCAGCUCAAAGUGUAGGCCGAGACUUCACUAAAUUCAUCACAACAGAUAACUCCUGUGGACCCGAGCCUCCUCUUGUUGAGAGGUUAGAGAAAACUGUGGAAGAAGGGGAAAAGACUAUAAUUAGAGAAGUCGAAGAGAUUGAAGGAGAAGUUGAAAAGGUUGGAGAGGAGGAAGUGACUUUGCUUCAGAGGCUUGCAGAUGGAAUCAUGGAGGUGAAGAGAGAUGCAGAGAAUUUUUUCAAGGGUUUGGGGAAGGAAGAGAUGGAGCUUUUGGAUGAGCUCAAGAUGGAGGCAACUGAGGUUGAGCAGCUUUUUGGGAGGGCAAUUCCAAUCAGAAAGCUGAGAUAGGUAAUUUAAUUUUAUGUUAUGGUUUUGAUUUUUGUUGAAGGGCAUGAAAACAAUUUUACUUGUUUUGAUGGGUUCUGUAAAUAUAUGGAAAUUAUGUUUGCGCUAGUUUGAUAUCUUUGUAUUUGAUGGUAUCUCUUGAAUGGUAUGUGCCAAACUGUUAUGUGGA